GAGGCUGCUUUGCACUGUCUCAUUCAGUUCCGUUGUGGUCCUCUACUUCACCACAUGCCAGGAAAGUUCUUCACACUCUUCAAGACUAGAGCAUCGUAGGCGUAGGACAAUGGAAGAGUUGGAGAAAUCUUGAAGGAGCAGAUUACUUGGCAAGAAAAACAGUCCUUCCUUCCACUCUGAAGUAAUGAAAACAGCAUAUGCCUUAUUGGAGGAAUUGGAACGCUGCACCUUUCAGGACAGUGAGGAAUAUUCAAAUCCAGUCUCUUGUUACCUGGACCAGCGAUCUACAGAGGAGAACAAGCUUCCCCAAACCUCAGAGACUUUGUCAUCUCAGGGUAACACAAGUCCCUUGAAGGUGCAGCUCGUGUAUACGACCAGUAUCCAGGAGCCCAAUGUCUACAGUGAGGUCCAAGAGCCAAAAGAAUCAGCACUUCCUUCUAAAACCUCAGCAGCUGCUCAGUUGGAUGAGCUCAUGGCCCACCUGAGUGAAAUGCAGGACAAGGUUUCAGUGAAAGCAGAUACCAGCAAGAAACCCUUGCCAGACCAGCAGGAUCACAAGGCAUCUCUGGACUCAAUGCUUGGAGAUUUGGAACAGGAACUACAAGAUCUUGGGAUUGCCACAGUCCCCAAGGGCUACUGUGCUUCCUGCCAGAAACCAAUUGCUGGGAAGGUGAUCCAUGCUCUUGGGCAAUCUUGGCAUCCAGAGCACUUUGUUUGCACUCACUGCAAGGAGGAGCUUGGCUCCAGUCCCUUCUUUGAACGGAGUGGCCUAGCGUACUGCUCAAAAGACUACCACCACCUGUUCUCUCCACGCUGUGCCUACUGUGCUGCUCCCAUCACAGAUAAAGUGCUGACGGCAAUGAACAAGACGUGGCACCCAGAGCAUUUCUUCUGCUCUCACUGUGGAGAGGUGUUUGGUGCAGAAGGUUUUCAUGAGAAGGACAAGAAGCCAUACUGCCGAAAGGAUUUCUUAGCCAUGUUCUCACCUAAGUGUGGUGGCUGCAACCGCCCAGUGUUGGAAAACUACCUUUCAGCCAUGAAUACUGUCUGGCAUCCAGAGUGCUUUGUGUGUGGGGACUGCUUCAGUAGUUUUUCUUCUGGCUCCUUCUUUGAACUGGAUGGCCGUCCAUUCUGCGAGCUCCAUUACCAUCACCGCCGAGGGACCCUCUGCCAUGACUGUGGGCAGCCCAUCACUGGCCGCUGCAUCAGUGCCAUGGGGCAUAAGUUUCAUCCUGAACACUUUGUGUGUGCUUUCUGCCUGACACAGCUGCCGAAAGGCAUCUUCAAGGAGCAGAACAACAAGACCUACUGUGAAAAAUGCUUCAUUAAGCUCUUUUCACAGUAGUUCCCCUUUGACCUACAUCUGCUUCAUGUUACCUGUAAAACUGAGGCCAAAAUAGGAAAGAGCACAGCUUCUGUCCCCAGCCUUCUGUUCAGUGGGCUAAUAGAGUACAAACAAUGAACAAAUAAGGGCCUUUGUAGGUGUCUCUAGGCUUAUAACCUUAAUUUUGAAGAUGCUUCUUAUCACUUUUUAAUUAUGUAUGUGCAUUUAGAUUUAGAUCAAGACCCUCUGAAGGUACAUUUCUUAUGUGCACAGUUCUUUCCACUGCUGGUUUUCUCUUUCUCACUUUUUACCUCUACUAAUGUCCCAUUCAAAUCUUCAGAUGUAGGCCACGGGGUUUUACUCUCUUUGCUAUCAGGGAUCAUGACACUACUCUUAAACCCUUAGUGUCUCUGUAUUUUGCUUUUUAAGCAGAAGUGUAUUUUUACUGACACAUGUGAUGAAUAAAGCAGCUUGUGGUUUGGUGA